AAGUUAUCAAAGCAUGAAGGCUUUUCUUUGUGUAUUGUAAUCUAUUCGGAAUGUAUGUGUAUCUAGUCCUUCGGCAGGUGAAUUAAGGAGAGAGAAAAGAAAAACAUGUCUGAAGAACUGAAGAAAAACUUAAACAAACAAUCAAACCGAAACUGGGUUCGAGCAGCACUUAGCCUAAGGUACUUCAAACAAGGAUUUGAAAGGUUUGUAAGGAAUGAGGUAAUGGGCCACCAUGCUGAUAUACUAAAGCGUCUACAAGAAGAGGAAGGAAUUUUGAGUUUGCACUGCGGCGAAUGUACAUCUGAUAACCUGCUUCCUCAACACUCAGUACAAAAGAAAUGCAUUCAGAAAAACCGUAAACAUUACUUUUGCAGUGAACAGUUUUGUAGAAGACAUUGCCCAAACAAAGUAUGCAGUUACUUGUAUGACUACAUUGUUAAAGCCCAUAGCACUAAUGAUCCUUUAUGGACCAACACGGAUCCAAGCAAAUGGUUAACAGACUACUGGGAGCUAGGGAAAUGCUUCCUUAGUACAUUUGGUUACGCGGACAAACAGAGUGCUGCAGACACAGAUGCAACAGGCCUGCUCAGUAUAGCGAUAAAUGAUACUUACAUUCAAGAAAGAAUGGAUACAGAUAUAGAAUCCCUAGCCAAGGUGAAAAAUACCAGAAACAUAAUACUACACUCUGCAUCAUUAUCGCUUGAAGAUGAUGUAGUUAUUAAAUAUAUCGAUGAAAUGAUUCGAGUUCUACAGGAUAGAAAGGCUUUUGCUUCUGACGCGACUGCAAAGGAAGCCAUUUUACAUCUGAAUGAGAUUGCCUGGUGUGAUUUUGAUUUCUACUGCCCUGUUAAAUGGGAACAUGAUGUUUAUUAG